UCCCUCCACUCGAUUCCUCGCCUCUGCCUCUUAUCAUCAUCGUCAUCGUUCCUGGCUGCUCGCUGUGUUGGAGACUAGCAGGAGAGGGAGGCUGCGAGCGAGUUCCAUGGCCUCCAGCACCUGCCUCUCCCUUUCCUUGUUCGCCUCCCCGACGGCUCCCUCUGAUCCCGGAUCCCGCCGCUUCUCCUUCGCCGCCGCCUCCUCGUCUUCCUCCUCCAAGAGAAAAGGAACUCUCCAGGCCAAGGCUCUCCGGGAGGAUUGGCGGCAGAAAUCCAAGCCCAUCCCUCCUGGCGCCGUCUACCCUGCCAAGGACCACUGCAGCCGCUGUGGCCUCUGCGACACAUACUACGUUGCGCAUGUCAAGACCGCCUGCGCCUUCCUGGGCGACGGCAUGUCCCGCGUCGAGGAUCUUGAGCCACUAGUCCAUGGGAGAGGCAGGAAGGAAAGCAUGGAUGAAAUGUACUUUGGAGUCCAUGAUCAACUCUUGUAUGCCAGGAAGACCGAACCAAUUCAAGGAGCUCAGUGGACAGGAAUUGUGACAACAAUCGCUGUUGAGAUGCUGAAAGCAAAUAUGGUCGAUGCUGUGGUUUGUGUACAAAGUGAUCCUGACGACAGGCUUGCUCCAAGGCCUGUUUUGGCCAGGACACCAGAUGAAGUUAUUGCAGCAAAAGGCGUGAAGCCAACAUUAUCGCCAAAUCUCAAUACGCUUGCCUUAGUAGAGGCAGCUGGUGUAAAGCGCCUUCUUUUCUGUGGUGUCGGUUGUCAAGUGCAAGCCUUGAGAUCUGUAGAAAAGUACCUUGGUUUGGAAAAGCUUUAUGUGCUUGGCACAAACUGUGUUGACAAUGGUACACGUGAAGGACUCGAUAAAUUCUUGAAGGCGGCAAGCAGUGAGCCAGAAACUGUUCUUCAUUAUGAAUUUAUGCAGGACUACAAGGUUCACUUAAAGCAUCUAGAUGGACAUAUUGAAGAGGUUCCCUAUUUUUGCCUGCCAGCAAACGACCUGGUUGACGUUAUUGCACCAUCAUGCUACAGCUGCUUUGACUACACAAAUGGCUUGGCGGAUUUAGUGGUGGGGUAUAUGGGCGUACCAAAAUAUGCUGGGGUUUCCAUGACGCAGCAUCCUCAGUACAUUACAGUCAGGAACGAUCGUGGGAGGGAGAUGCUGAGCCUGGUGGAGGGCCUUCUGGAGAGCACGCCUACAGUGAGCAGCGGCGCGAGGCAACCGUUUGUUAUGGAGACAGUGAAAGCCGACGAUGCAGCAAAAUUAGGGAAAGGGCCUUCGAGACCAGCUCCUAGGUUUGUGGGCAACAUUCUGGCCUUCUUGCUGAACCUGGUUGGUCCCAAGGGCCUGGAGUUCGCACGCUACUCUCUGGACUACCACACGAUCCGGAAUUACCUGCAUGUGAGGCGGGCAUGGGGAAAACAGAGGGCUGAGCAGCACAUCCCGGGAUACGCCAAGAAGAUCGUGGAGGCCUACGACCGGGACGGACGGAUCCAGUCAAUGCUCAACUCCAGCAGUCAAUAAUCAAGGGCCUGAAUGAAUAACUAGACCUGCAUUGUGUUUGGAUGAUCAUGAUUGUAAGAUUAGUUAUUAUUGCAGGGAGGACAUAUAUGAUUAUUGUAACGUAACGUAACGUAACAUGGUAUAGUACUAUAUGAUACAUAUAGUAGAAUACAUA